GAGCGAUUUUCCCGCACGACCUCCAUCUCGUAGCUACUCUGUUGCACCAGCUAGCUCAGCCCAGCUCCCGUAGCAGCACCACCCUCAAGAUGGCAGACUCCGCAGCAGCCGCCCCCGCCCCCAAGAAGGCGAAGAAGGGAGCCGCCAAGAAGACGAGCCACCCCAAGUACUCUGCUAUGAUCGCCGCUGCCAUCACCUCCCUCAAGGAGCGCGGCGGUUCCUCCCGUCAGGCGAUCCUCAAACACAUCAUCGCCAACAACGAGGUUGACGAGAAGGCCGCCGCUACCCAGCUGAAGCUUGCCCUGAAGCGAGGUGUUGCCUCUGGAGCCCUCAAGCAGGUCAAGGGUGCCGGUGCCUCUGGUUCCUUCCGCAUCAACAAGCCUGACGAGCCCAAAGCUGUGGCCAAGAAGCCCGCUAAGAAGGCUGCCGCCAAGAAGCCUGUUAAGAAGCCCGCCGCCAAGAAGCCUGCUGCCAAGAAAUCCCCGAAGAAGCCUGCUGCUAAGAAAUCCCCGAAGAAGCCCGCUGCCAAGAAAUCUCCCAAGAAGCCUGCCGCCAAGAAAGCCGCGAAAAAGCCCGCAGCCAAGAAGGCCGCGAAAAAGCCCGCAGCUAAGAAGGCAGCGAAGAAGUAGUGUGUGAGCGUGCCCGUGUGAAAGGAUUGUGUGCGUGUGUGAAUGUGAUACCGGUCAUCUCGUGGUGAAUCUAUUCGACUCCGUAGGAGUAAUGUAUAAAUAUUAUUUAAUCGUACCUGACAUCCUCUGAGGAUGAGAUCUCUUGUAUAUGAAAAUUUAUUAAAUGCACUUUUAUA